AUGGACGAUACCUCGACACUACCCUACUCCAAUUCGGCAGCCCUGUUAGAUGCCGCCAGCCAUCGGGCCGAUGAAGAUGAGAAAAAGCGAUACCGUCCCCGGACAUUCAGCUACUUCGCCCACUUGCCCUUUCCGGUAGAAGACCAAGCAGCUCGCGAUGCUGCCCUCACUGGCAUACUCAAGCAACUAUUCAUUGCCAUCAAGGCCGAAGAUUUCUCGCCCGGUGCGCUUCAUUGGACGCGUGAGCUUCAGGCAUGGCUCAACUUGAAGUUCGAGAUGACACGGGAGCUUCGCGCGACCCUAGCUCGUCUCUACUAUCAUAUGUCGCUAGCUCCCGGUCUUGACACUACAACCUCGGAUAGGUUUGCCAGAAUGCUAGUAUCUCUCACAAGGAAAUAUCACUACCUUAAACCAGUGGAUGAUCUUGUACUUGAUUGGAGACCUUUGUGGCGUGAGAUCAAGGCCCUUGUUCUUCCGGGCGAGGUACCAACCCACCAGAGCAGCCGUCGCAAGUCACAAAAACAACUGUGGAAGCUCCUUGUUCAUGCCCAGUUCUAUUUCGCGCCUCGAGAGCGGCGCCAGAUUCUCGACGAGGUCCUUCCUUAUUUCAGCACCUCUGACAUAUCAAAUGCGUUUAUCUCCAUUGGCGCAUUGGGGUCUCUGUUGCCUACUACGCCCGGACCUGAGGACGCGCUUGACUGUGAACCUGAGCACUUCUUCCCGACAAUCUUCCAUCUUUGGUCUCUCGUCUCAAGAUCGAAGCUAACUGAUGUCUUCAUGAUUGAUAUCUUCUCCCGCUUCGCCCGUGAAUACCUGCCGAGCGCGACGUCUGAUUUCACCGAGUAUGGCAUCUUUACGCAGGACCAGUCUGAUUUGAUCUUCACUGCUAUCCUGCGGCUGACGGAUAUCCCCGUCGGACAGUCUGGGUCUCCCUACUCCUCUGUGGACUUAUCGAGUGGAUUUGGCAUCUACUUAGAGAAGGAUAAGAAGAAGUAUCCUAUCACUUAUAUGAUCGCGCGGUGGAUCGUCUAUUCAAUGUCCCCGUUGUGCCUGGAGAAAGAGGCUUCCGUUCUCUCAAGCCUCGAAGGGUUGAUCCAGGUCUUGCCUUUUGGAGCCCGAUCUCGUUCUGCCGGGGCCUUGCAGCGCUUCUAUCCGAGCUUGCAAGGACUCGUCGAAGUUCAUCGGACGACGUCUAGCUUGAAUGGCCUCCAGAUGAUUGCCAACACGAUGUCCAAGCAAAAGGGGUACCGUUGCCACAUCACAGCGCUUCUUGGCCUUGCACUCCCCGGCAUCGAUGCCAACGAUCUUUCAAAAACAAUAUACUCUCUCAAUUUCAUCCAGAGUGUGGCCUACAGCAUUCCUAUUGUUUCACUCGCGGAGGAUGAUGCAGAGGUUCAUGAUACUAGCAUUGCUAUGCAAUGGGUGCAGAACGAAAUGGAUCGCAUGGAGCGUGAGGGUCCUGAUGUCAAAAUUGACUACAAGAAUGAGCUAAGUGAUGAAGAUGAGAAGAAUAUACUUCGCUCCUCAACCGCUGGGUUUGGAGAGUUCGUAAUGGCUCUCCUUGGUAAAGUCUUCACCUUGUUAGAGAAUCUCCCUGACUCGUCUCAGCGUGGUGGGACGCAAGAGGACAACGUCAUAAAUGCUCUUCCGGCUGCACUUUCACCUCUGUUUGCCUCGCUAUCCCCAGAACUCUACGAUAUGGCCCUCGAAAAGAUUGCUGCCUUUGUCUCGUCCCACGUUGUACACCAAGCCCGAGAUGCGAUGGCGUGGAUCCUGAACGCUUUUUGCCGAGUAGAUCCUCAAAAGACGCUCAAGAUUUUCAUUCCCAUGCUAAUCAUCAACAUUCGCAACGAAAUCGAUUUUAAUCAUGCGGCAUCGGACCGCAGCAGUGGUACCGAGUAUCUUCCCAGGGAUCGAGCACUUGUUUGGCAUGUUAGUAUGCUUGGCAUGGUUGUUGUUCAUGUUGGUGCGGAAGUUUUGAAGUUCAAGGACGAGCUAUUUUCCGUUGCCCAGUAUAUGCAGGAGAAAUGCCGUGGGCUGCCCACAAUCCAUAUUUCCAACUUCAUCCACCAUCUGCUGCUCAACUUGACCCACACGUAUCCCACUGACCAUAGUCUAUACGAGCCAGAGGCUAUUGCUAAGGGCCUGGAUGUCGAUGCUUGGGGUCGCCUGACUCCUCCCUCUGAAUUGACCAUUAAAUGGCACGUACCAUCUCCAGCGGAGAUCCAGUUCGCUGUUCAGUUAUUCGAUGCCCAGACCAAAUCCGCUUCCGACAAGCUCGAGCUUCUCAUGGGUCCCGAUCCACCAGUGAAGCGCGCCGGCAAGAACAAGGAGUGGUCUGAUGAGCCUGUUCGACCCGAAGAGGGCAUCUGGGCGAAUGGGCAAAGUGGCCGGCUGGCGCCGGAUAUCGAUGGGGAUGCGGACAUGAAUAUGGGUGAUGACGAAAACGACGAUGAUCCUCUUGCUGAAGUGGCGGACGAUGAGGAGAUGCGCCCCCAAUUCCCAUAUGAAGCAGGCUACCUGUUGAAGCCCGACGACCCCGAAUACCAGCGUAUACACGAGCUCCGCGAAGAGAUUGGCCAUCUAUUGUCACGAAUUCACCGAUUCUUGACGGAAAAUGCGGAGGAUGAGGUGGCGUGCUUCCAGUCGUUAUAUUACGUCUACAAGGUUUGGAUCAUCGAUGUUGGCAUUGAACGAUCUGCCCGAUCACUCGAUCGCCACCUGCGCCUCUACAAGGCCGACAUCUCCGCCUUCAAGAUCAACGGGCUUCGCAAGCAAUACCCUCGGCCUUUGCUCAUCAAGAGAGCUUCUGCAUACCACAUGCUACGCUUGAAGCAUAAUGCUACUACCAGACACCGAAGCGAACUUGACAAACAGCUACUCCUGGAUCUUGCUGAGUCGUGCAUCUCACCCUAUGCUGACGUUCGUCGAACGGCCCAGAGCGCCCAAGACUCUUCCCUUCGAGCCCUCAUCGGCGGCAGGCCCAUUGUUAUACCCGUCAUUCUCGAACGUCUGCGGGCCGCCAUCGAGUCCGUCGACCACGACCGCAUCAAGGGUGGCCUCUACACGCUUUUCUACACCACUCUAACGAAAACGGUUGGGAGAGAUUGGAGGUUCGCCCCCGACGCGCUGCGCCUGUACAUUGAGGCUGCAGGGAUUGAUAAACCGUCCAUCCAGCACCUUGGAUCGGCUGCUCUCUACGCUUUGAUUGACUUUGGAAAGCCAAUUGAGCGCGUCGUUCUCCUAGACCAGGAACUUGUUGAUACCAUCAAACCCAAAGAUGACUGCACGGCUGCCAUCAGCUCUCGAAACGCCUUCAUAGUGCAGCGGAGAAGCCGCGUGGAGAGCAAGAAGGCGGCACUUGGGCUGGAACUUACCCAAAAAGCCAAGGGUGCCCAUUGGAAGGUGGCAUCCAUGUGUGCAAUUUUUGCCAACAACCUUUGUCUCCGGUUUGACACGAUCGCGCCUAGCGAGUUCAUCGAACUCGUGACGGUAGGCACCAACGAUCCCCAUCCUACGCUUCGAUCGCAUUAUCUCUCGGCAUUUACAUCCAUCUUCCAGGCGAUCGAUAUGAGGGCAGCCUACGAGCAUGAUUACCACAACUACCUUACGGAAAAGCAAAACGACGCGAAUAGACUCGAGAUUGAAGUAUCCCAUGGCACAGCCGAAUUCACCCAAAACUUUUUAGAUUCUUUCGCCGACCCCGACCCGGAAAACGCGAAGUACAUGCCAUUCCUGGCUUAUGAUGAGUUGGAGGCCGGGGUUCGCAAGCAAGUUGGCGAUUUGAUCACCAAGGAAUGGCUCACCAAGGCCUUUGCCUACAUGAAGCAGGAGCCUCGGGAAUCGUCCGACCGGAUACGGAUGAGCAAUAUCUAUAUGCUUAUGCACGUCUUUGACCUGAUGUACUAUGGUCAGACACAGAUCAAACUAGACGAUGUAGUAACCCUGGUAGACGAGGUCUAUGGCGAUGGCAGCGAUCGAAACCAGCACCGUGCCACUGCGGAGAUCUUUGGUGCUCUGUUGGCUGGGUCGAGCGACGAUCCCCUCGAGAUGCGCAGGCCCGUUUGGGACUAUGCGGCGCCCAAGUUGCUAAGAAUCCUCUCUGAGGAGUUGACUCCAGAGAACCAGGCGUACUGGACCAACUGCCUUCACUUGAUAGUUGAUUCAAAGGAUCCGCGACGAACCAGCCAGAUUCAAGAAGCCCUGAGUCGGUUCCGUCUGGAUAUGAACUCUAACGCCGCCUUCAAAGAGGGAUCCAAGAUUCAGCUACUCGAGUACGUCAUUACGGAUGCAGGCUGGCACUAUCGACACGAGAAACCCCUCUUGGAGGAUUUCCUAGCGCAUAUAGAUCAUCCUUACAAGACGGUCAGAGAAGCGAUGGGCAGGGUCAUUGCCACCAUUUACCGCACGCGGUACCAUGAGUCGUUUGAAAAUGUUCCCGCGCUCUUGCAGGCGAAUCGAUCCCAAUCGUCCAUUGGCAUACGGCCUUAUGAGCCUAGCUCAGAGUUCACCACUGCCAUCAACGAUGUCUUUACGAGGAUCGAGGAGUGGAGGAAAGAACGAACACCUGGCCAACAAACCCCCAGCUCUUAUACCUCUGGGUCCAAGACGGUGCUCACUUGGCUGGAUUGCACACUUUCCAGCCAAGAGUGCACUGAGCUGCUGCCAUUCUUCCAUACCCACAUGAUUGAAGCACUUUUGCACAUGAUGGACGUUAAGGAGGAUGUGGAGCUCAUGCGGCUCGCCUACUACGUCUACCGGCUCAUGCCAAACAUUCCGUUCCGGCGAGGUGAGGACCGACUAUUCAUUGAAGCCCUCAUCCGCGUGGGCAAGACGUCGUCGAGCUGGCAUCAGCGACUGCGAGCUUUGGUCAAUCUCCAGGUCAUUUAUUUCCGUCGUAUCUUUCUCAUGGGCAAGGAGCAGCGCGACCACAUGUUCGAGGCGGUGAGCGACAUGCUCGAGGACGCGCAACUCGAGGUGCGAACCUGCGCUUCGGCCACUCUUGCGGGCAUGAUUCGCUGCUCGCCGAUUCCUAUUCGCGAGCCCGCUAUCGAGUCUCUGCGGAAGCGUUUCGCGUGCCAGCUCCAACGCAACCCGAUGCCGAAGAAGAAGGUGCCGGGCACAGACACGCCUGUCAAUAUGCAGAAACAGGUCGUACGUCGGCAUGCCGCGGUUCUCGGCCUUGGCGCGCUGAUUGAGGCGUUCCCGUACGCGACUCCGCCGCCCAAGUGGAUGCCCGAGGUACUCGCGACGCUGGCAAAUAGGGCCGCAAACGACCCUGGAGUAGUUGGGAAGGCAACAAAGAGUAUAUUAUCAGAGUUCAAGAAGACCCGGCAGGAUAGCUGGACAGUAGAUCAGAGGUCCUUUACUUCGGAACAACUAGAAGACCUAGAAGGCGUAUUGUGGAAGAGUUACUUUGCCUAA